AUGGUUGCCUUACAAACAUCAACAACUCUUUCGAUAUCAUCAACAAACUCGAUUUCUUCAAACAAAUCUAUGAUCACAAGUUCAAUUAGUGGUCCAAAAUACUUAAGGAACCCCAAAAUUACAGUCCCAAAACUACCAAAUCAUGCUCAAAAACAGCACCUUAUUGAACAGCUUGAUAAGCUUACAACAAACCUUCCUUUAAGAGAAGCAAAACCAAUUAUUACCACCACAACCACGAAACACACGAAAGAAGCCAUCAAAUUACAUACAAUCUUAGAAGCUAUUAGUGAUAGAAUAGAAAUGCAUCAAAACAUCGGAAACCAACGUGAGAAUUGGAACUCAUUGUUGCUAAACUCGGUUAACAUGAUCACCUUAACCGCGGUUACAAUGGCUGGUCUAGCCGAGGCUAGUGAGCCUCACGGGUUAGGGUUAAAGGUGUCUUCAGCCUUACUCUUUGCUGCAGGCACCGGGAUCUUAUUGAUUAUGAACAAGAUCCAACCUUCUCAGCUAGUUGAGGAGCAAAGAAACGCGGUGAGGUUGUUCAAGCAGCUGAAAACUAAGGUCCAAACCACAUUUUAUCUUCGAACACCAACUCAAGAAGAUGUUGAGGAGGCCUUGGCUAAGGUGUUAGCCUUGGAUAGAGCGUACCCUUUGCCUCUCCUAGGCGCCAUGCUCGAUAAGUACCCCGAGAGUUUAGAGCCAGCUGUAUGGUGGCCGUCUAAGAAACAAUCAACUUCAUCACUAAAACAUAAUUUUUCCAAAGGUAAUGAUGAGCAGAAUGGAUGGACUAGGGAAUUGGAGGAUGAUAUACGAGAAAUCGUAGGCGUGACAAAGAGCAAGGAUGUUGAGGAUUAUGUUAGGUUAGGUAACAAGGCGUUGAAGUUGAGCAAAAUGUUGGCUGUCUCAGGUCCAAUUUUGACAGGUAUCGCGACUGUUGGAGCUGCUUGUGUAGGUCAAGGUGGACCGUGGGGUGGUCUUGUUGCAGCUGUCGCCGGGUCAAUGGCUGCUGCAGUGAAUACUAUAGAGCAUGGAGGGCAAGUAGGAAUGGUAUUUGAGAUGUACAGAAAUUGUGCUGGUUUUUUUAAGCUCUUGGAAGAGACUGUAGAGUCUACCUUAGAAGAAGGGGACUUACAAAAGAGAGAAAAUGGUGAAGUUUUUGAGUUGAAGAUGGCUUUGCAUUUGGGUCGGAGCUUGUCUGAACUCCGGGAAUUCGCCGAUAAAUCAAGAAAGAAUGGAGGUUGUGUGGAUGAAUUUGCAAGCAAGCUGUUUUGA